AUGCCAACAUGCAAGGUCGGUGAGGGCGUUGCGAGUGUGGAUGGGCCACCGGCCCCUGCAGCUGGGGUCGUGUCCCAGGAGCAUGUGGCAGCCAUCAGGGAUCCCACUUCACAUGCGCUUUUGGCCAGGGUGCAGCGGGUGGUGGUUAGCCACCCCCGCCUAGGCCCCAUCAACACUGCAUUUGUGGGCCCGCGCCAGCCGGACCCCAGCCGACCCCAGGUGCUGCUCCUGCACGGCUUCGACAGCAGCUGCCUGGAGUUCAGGCGGCUCCUGCCCCUGCUCGAAGGCCACGUGGAUGUCUACGCGAUGGACGCGGUGGGGUGCGGGUUCACAGGCUCAUCCGGACUCCCCCUGCUGCACCCCACCACCCUCGGCCCAGAGGAGAGGGCGGAGCACCUGAUGGCCUUCCUGGAACAGCAUGUGCCACAACCUGUCACUGUGCUGGGAGCCAGCCUGGGCGGAGCAGUAGCCGUGGAUUUUGCGGCCCGGUACCCGCAUGCUGUGAAUGGGCUGGUGCUGCUGGAUGCCCAGGUGAUGAAGGAUGGCAUCGGCAUGCUGAGCAGCCUGCCCCAGAUCGCGGCGCGGCUGGGCGUGAGGGCGCUGCGCUCGCGCUGGCUGCGCCGGAGCGCCUGCGACAUGUCGUGCCACGCCCAGGAUGCGGCUGCGGUGGAGGACAUGACUGAGAUCGGGCGGCUGCACACGCACGCCGCAGACUGGGAGGCCUGCAUGCUGGCCUUCAUGCGCUCGGGGGGCUACCAUGUGCGCGGCAGGCUGGCGCAGCUGGCGGCGCCCAGCCUGGUCCUGUGGGGCAGGCAGGACCGGGUGCUGCCGGGGGCGAAGAACGCACGGCAGCUGGUGGAGGCGCUGCCGGGCGCGCGGCUGGUGUGGGUGGAGGACUGCGGGCACCUGGCGCAUGUGGAGCACCCGGACGUGGUUGCCUCCCAUGUGCUGGAGUUUGUAGGUGCGAGGGCCCAGGAUGCGCGUGCACGGCAUGCUGGGGACGAUUCUGUGCCAGGCAAUGGCUUCAGGGCCGCGGAGGGGGUGCGCGGGGCUGCCAACGGCUUGGAUCGCCUGCAGUGA